AUGGUAUAUGGCAGAAGUGAGGCCAUCCUCACUGCCACGGCGGUGUUUCUUGGCAUCUCCUUGGUGGCUGUGAUUCUGAGAUGUUUUGUGCGCCUGCGGAUCGUCAAGGCCUUUGGGGCCGAUGACUACAUUAUGGUAGUCGCAAUGAUUUGUAACCUGGCAUUUGGCAUCUGCGGCAUGGUAGGCUCUACCUAUGGGAUGGGAAAGCAUUUAGCCUACUUUGCCGGUCGGCCAUACCUGUAUCAUAGCGCUAUGCUGUGUUUCUACCUCGGACAGAUCUUCUACGUGGUCACUGCGGUGCUGGCUAGACUCUCCAUCGUCAUGACCCUUCUGCGUCUCUUUGUUGAGCCGCUACAUAUCUGGAUUCUCUACGGGAUAACCGCCCUUUCGAUCGUCGCGGGGCUCCUUUUCUUCUUCUUCACGAUCUUCCAGUGCCAACCCGUGAAUUACCUUUGGGACCGCAUGACCAUGGAGGGGAAAUGUCUGGACAUGGAUCUGCUACUGGGGAUUGUCUACAUGUACAGUGUAGUCUCGGCGGUAUGCGACUUCACCAUUGGGAUUCUCCCGGUGUUCAUCGUAUGGAAGCUGAAGAUGCGCCGUCGCACGAAGACCAUGGUCGCAGGGAUACUUGGAAUAGGAUGCCUGGCAAGUACCGCAGUGAUCGUGCGUAUUCCGUAUCUUCACUACGCUAGAGAUGCCGACUUUCUAUACCAGACUACUGAGAUCUCCAUUUUGUCGAACGUAGAGGCCAGUCUGGGCAUUACGGCCGGAUGUCUGAUGACACUCCGGCCUCUCUUGCGAGUCCUUCGAGGUUCGUCAGCGGGAACCAGUGGUGAGGAGAUUGGGACGUAUUAUCGACAAGAGACGAGUCAUGGUACUUCAGGACGGGCGAUGAGUUUAAGAUCCAUAGAACGGCUUUAUAGCUAG